UCAUCUUCACCUCUUUGCAAACUCCAUGUACACCUAAAAUCACACUGACCCAUUUCUCCUCGUCUCUUCCUCUACAUUGGAUUCUUUCUUAUUUUCCAAAUCUUACUGUAUUAAUGGACAACUCAUUAUAAUGGAUGCAGAGAGACCUAACCGUACUACUAGUAGUGGAAGCAGCACCAGCGCCACCAGUGAACUAUUCAUCUGCUUCACCUCGCGUCUUUCCUCAUCUUCCAUGAAAAUCCCUUCGAAAUCAAUACUCAGUCCUGGCCGAAACAGAGAACCCUCACAAAUCUCGCUUUCUUCCUCGCUUAGUAGACGGUUAAGAAGCAAUGGCAGCAUGAAAGGCGGUCAAGCUUCUCCAAUGUUCCCUGCAAUCGGAAAGAAACGAGGAUGUGCCAUAGAGAAUCCGGAACCCUCUUCGCCCAAGGUCACAUGUAUAGGCCAGGUUCGAGUGAAGACUAAGAAACAGGGGAAGAAGAUUAGAGCCAGAUCUAAAAGGAGAGGUGAAGUGAGCUUUAGGAAAUUGGAACAUGGCGGCGCCAUGGCUGCCACUCCAAGCACCAGUAGUCUUGACAUAGGUAGCCAUCAAGAUUACAAUAUGGGUCAUUUUUUACACAGUAGCAGUCACCACCACCAGCAAAGUCAGCAACAGGAAUGCAGAAAAUGGGUGCAUUUUCCGGUGACAAUAUGUGAAGCGCUGAGGUCGUUCGGAGCCGAUUUCAACUGUUUCUUACCUUGCCGGUCUUCGUGUAUGGCGAGCCAGAGGGAGAAAGAGAAGACGGUGGGAUCUGGUGGGAACGGGAACGGAAACGGAACUGGAAGCUCCUGCGGGGCAGUGUUUGCAAGAUGGCUUGUUGCAGUACAGGAAGGAGAGGGCAAGCAGAGGGACAUAGAGUUGGUGGUCGGAGAAGAAGAGAAGAGAGGGAGUACAGAGUUGAGAAGCAGCCAGAGGAGACAUAUAUUUGAGGACAUAGAAAUCAGUGAGUGCAAGGAUGAGAAAAUGGGCGAGGAAGAAGGAAGAGUAAGCAUUUGUAUUCCACCCAAGAACGCCCUGUUGCUGAUGAGGUGCAGAUCUGAUCCUGUAAAAAUGGCUGCACUCGCAAACCGGUUCUGGGAGUCGCCCGCACCAAAGGAUGAAGUGGAAGCAGACGAUGAGGUAGAUGAGGAAGCAGAGAAAGUGGAAGAAGAGCAACCAACCAUUGAUGAACACAAAAUGGAGCAUGAAAUGAGUGAGUUAUGCCGGAAGUCGCUUUCUUAUGAAGCUGCAGAAGAGACAGAAAUCCCGGAAGCAGAAGCAGAACCGGAAGCAGAGUUAGCUCUGGAUGGAGAAGAAGCAGAGGAGCAAGAAAUUGAAGAAAAUAAUCCAGCAAUUGAUAAUUUGGAAGGAGAGGGGAAUACUGAGUAUCAAGAUCCAGAAAACGAGAUAGAAAAUAAUCAAGAACAAGAAUCAGCGGAAGAAUUACCACCGGAAAAUUUUGCAGAUAUGGAGAAGGUAAAGUGUGAAGAAAAUGUACUCACCUCACCGGAAAAUGAACAUAAUCCUGAAGAAGAACCAGACCCAGAAGCAGAACUGGAAAAUGUUAGAGAAGGCACCGAGGAGACAACAUCAAACGAACAAGAAUGCACAGAAAAAGAAGAACAAGGAGCAGAAAGUCAGGCUAUUGCAGAGGAAACAGAGGAAGGAGAAACAGAACGGAAGUCCGACCCAGGUUAUCAGGACACCGAGGAAGCCGCCGGAAUUGGGUCAAACGAGAAGGAGAGUCAACAAGAUUUACUGCCGGAUUGCUUGCUUCUGAUGAUGUGCGAGCCGAAGUUGUCCAUGGAGGUAUCCAAGGAGACAUGGGUUUGCAGUACAGACUUCAUCAGAUGGUUGCCGGAGAGGCCACCGGCAGUCAAGAAGAAAAAGGACGGCGGUGGAGAUGAACCCAAGAGGAGGAUUAGCAUUGACUCCAAACCCUCUCCGAAGUUACUCCAGCCACCGAGAUCCUCUUGCUCUUACCCGGCAGCCCCACCCAUGGCUGUUGCGGCUUCGUCCGGCCGGUCGUCAACGUCUUCAACGAGAAAGCAGAAGCUCGCCGGGGAUAAAGGGUGCGAACCCUUUGUGCUAACGCGCUGCAAGUCUGAGCCGAUGAGGUCAGCCACUAACCUCGCCCCCGAUGCUUGCCUCUGGAAGAAUGGGAAGCUUGAGCCGGCUACACUAGGAGUCGGCGCGGCUGGGGUUGGCUUUUAACCCCAGUUCAGGCCAGCGAAAAAACCAAAAGCAUUGGGGUGGGUGAAAAUACAGUGUUGUAAGUUGUAGUUUUGUUUUUGUGCUUGUAUAAAAACAUCUCCUAUUUCUGCUUGUGCCUUUGUUACCCUUAUUCAUUUUCAUCCCUGUACUAGUACUAGUAUUAGAAACAGUAAAAUGGUAGAAAAUUU